AAUUUUGCGACUGGAAAAAUUGAAGCACAAGCAGCACCUCUGAAGCUACGAGUGAAUUUCUCUCAAAUAAUUGUGUCAGCUCGUUUACGGCGAUGCUUCCUCCGCUUGAUCCAAAGCUUGCUCCACACCAGCAACAGCUGCUGCGAAUGCCUCGUUCUUCGGAACUUCUCUGAGCAACAUCUCCGCAGGAGUACCCGUCUCCAAAUAAGGUAUAUGAGACUCUGCUGCUGUUGGGCCAAGCUGAAAAACCAUUUAACAAGCAAGAAUUGAUGAGAAACGAUGAAGAAAGUUACCGAUGUUUCGGGCA